AGGGGAGGGGCGGUACGUGGCCCGGGCGCGUGCUAGCACUUGGCGAUCUCACAGUGAGCUGAAUAGGGUGCGAACAGUCUGCACUUUGCGUACGGAGAUCACGAGAAGCCGUCAGUUGCGCAGUAUAUGAGAAGAAGCCGGGAUAUUCCCGGCGGGCGCCGUCGCGACGAUGGCGUCUCUGGGCCGGCUGGCCUGGCUUCUGGCGCUGGCGGCGGCGGCCGUGGCGCAGCCGCCGCGCCCACUGGUGGCGCAGCUGGACCUGCGCGACGAGACGCGGCGGCUCGCGCACCUGGUCGUCGACUCCGACUCGGACCGGCUGUACGUGGCCGGCGUCAACCGUCUGCUGGAGCUGAGCGCCGACCUGCAGGUGACGGCGCGCGCGGUGACGGGCCCGGUGGCCGACGCGCCCGACUGCCCGGCCUCUGGCUGCCCGCCGGCGGUCGACGCCCAGCCCACUGACAACGUUAACAAGCUGCUGCUGCCGGUGGAGGGGCGGCUGCUCAGCUGCGGCUCGGUGCGCCAGGGCGCCUGCCGCCUCCACCAGCGCGCCAACAUAUCGCGCUCGCAGUUCGUCGACGUCGAGGUAGCGGCCAACGACGAGCACGCCUCGACGGUCGGCUUCGUCGGGCCCGAGCGGUACCACCCGUGGAGCGGCUCGCAGGUGCUCUACGUCGGCACCACGUUCACGAACGUGGGACCGUAUCGGCACAGCGUGCCGGCCAUCGCCUCGCGCCGCCUGCCUGGACUGGAGCUGGCCGAGUACUCGUUCUCGCAGCAGUCGCUGCUGCGGAUCGAUGUCAAGUACCGCGACCACUUUCUGGUGCAGUACAAGGCCGGUUUCGCGGCCGGGGACCACGUGUACUUCGUGGCGGUGCAGAAGAAGUCGCACCUGCCCGGCCAGGACGAGGUGGGGUACAUUUCGCGGAUAGCGCGCGUCUGUGUGACGGACCCCAACUACAACAGCUACACGGAGGUGACAGUGGAGUGCGGCGCGUACAACCUUGUGCGGUCGGCCCGUUUGACCUCGGCCGGCGCCGAUCUGGCCGCCGCGGCCGGGGUCAAGACCGGCGACCCGGUGCUGGUGGCAGUGUUCUCGCCCAGUGACGGCAACACGAUGGUGUACCAGAACAAGUCGGCCGUCUGUGUUUUCCCGCUGGCCGAGGUAGACUACAAAUUCAACGAGAACAUCCACAUGUGCUUCAACGGCACCAUGCGGUACCGCAACAUGGACUACAUCUCGGGCAAGAUCCUGGACGGCAAGUGCCCCGAGACUCGAAGCGCCGGCCGGAACAUUCCGGACUUCUGCGAGGUGGGGCUGAAGAUCUCGGGCGUCUCGCCGCUGAUGGGGACACCGGCGCUGGAGCUGCCGACCACUGGGCUGACGGGGCUGGCGCUGGCCACCACCUCCUCCCACACGGUCGCCUUUCUCGGCACCAAUAACGGCAGCGUCAUCAAGGCGCUGGUGGUGUCUCCGGAGCUGGGGCGGCAGUACGAGUCGAUCCCCGUGGACCCCGGCAGUCCGAUCGGCGCUGACCUGCGCAUGGCGCCCGGAGGAGACUUCGUCUACGUGCUCUCCACACAGAAGGUGUCGAAGGUGCGCGUGCAGACGUGCGAGAUGUACACGGACUGCACGGCGUGCCUGGGCUCGGGCGACCCGUACUGCGGCUGGUGCUCACUCGAGAAGAGGUGCACGAUCCGCUCCGAGUGUCAGAAGGCGCAGCAGAGCUCUCCGCGCUGGCUGACGUUCGGCGCCGGCCAGCAGUGCAUCGACUUCGAGCAGGUGCUGCCCGACCGCAUCCCCGUCGACCAGACCGUCACGGUUCAGCUGACGAUCCGCACGCUGCCGGCGCUGCCGCCGGGCGCCAAGUACCAGUGCGUGUUCGGCGAGACGGCGCCCUCGGACGCGCUGGUCACCGCCUCGGGGCUGUCGUGCCGAACGCCGCCGCCGGCGCUGCGGCCGGCCGUGCCCGCCGGCGCCGACCACGUGGCCGUGCCGCUCUCGGUGCGCUCCUCCGAGACCAACAAGGACUUCGUGUCGCGCCAGUUCUCCUACUACGACUGCUCUCGGCACGCCACGUGCGCCGCCUGCGCCAGCUCGGCCUGGGCGUGCAACUGGUGCGUGUACGACAAUGUGUGCACGCACAACGCCACCGUCUGCCGCCGCACCGUCGUCUCCGGGGAGCACAACCCGUCGCCGCUCGUCACCCACGGCGGCGCGUUCUGCCCGCGCUUCAAGCCGUCGCCGACGCCGAUCCUGCUCGCCAACGGCCGCCGCAGCGAGGUGGCGGUGCAGGCAGAGAACCUGCCGCGCCCCGAGCCGGGCGGCGCCGCCGUCUUCCACUGCAUCGUCGAAAUCGAGGGCGCCAAGAUGCGCGUGCCCGCCCGCGUAGAGCGCGGCGAGCGAGUUAUCUGCGAGAAGACCUCGUACUCGUACCAGGCGGCCGAGAGUGAGCUGACGGCGCGGCUGACGGUCGUCUGGGACGGCGACCGGCUGGUGGACGCCACCAACGUGACGCUGUACAAGUGCGGCGUGCUCGGCAGCCACCGCGGCCACGCCGACUGCUCGCUCUGCGUGACGCGACCAUCGCGCUACGAGUGCGCCUGGUGCGGCGACGCCUGCUCGCACCGCGCCGACUGCGGCCAGGGCGCCGCGCUCGAGUGCCCCAAGCCACGCAUCGACCUGAUCUACCCGCUGAGCGGGCCGGUGGAGGGCGGCACGCUGCUCACCAUUGAGGGCUCGAACCUGGGGCGGCGCGCGGCGGACGUGCGCGACCGCAUCCUCGUCGGCGACGUGCCGUGCGCGCUGGUCGAGUACCAGGUGUCCGUGCGCAUCGUGUGCCGCACGGGCGCCACCGCGCACCCCAUGAACGUGGCCGUCGCCGUCGGCAACCACGCCGGCUUCGCCGAGUCGGCCGUCAAGUACAGCUACCACGACAUCCAGCUGUUCGACGUGCACCCGCGCACGGGGCCGGAGAGCGGCGGCACUCGCCUCACGCUCUCCGGCGGUCACCUGACGGUGGGUUCGCGCGUGCGCGUCUGGCUGGACCACCUGCCGUGCGCGGUGACGCAGGGCCCCGGCCAGCUGAGCUGCGUGACGGCGCCGUCGGACGGCACGCGCUCCGUGCGCACCCUCACGCUGCAGAUCGACGCGGCCAACCGUACUCUCGUCGGCAACCCGUUCAACUACACGAGCGACCCGAGCGUGCUGGAGAUCAAGCCGCUGCGGUCGCCCGAGUCCGGCGGCCGACUUAUCAUGGUGCACGGCACCAACCUGGACUCGAUCCAGGAGCCGCAGAUGACUGUCUUCCUCGACGACCAGCAGAAAGUGCUCAACGCCACGGUGUGUCGGGUGCUGAGCAGCUCCCAGAUGCAGUGUCCGUCGCCGCCGGUGGACCCGCGCGCCGUGCGGGGCGCGGGCUGGCGCCGCGAGAUCCGCGGCAAGCCGUCCAAGUACGCCCGCUCGCCGCGGCCGCCGCACGACGACGUGCUCAGCCUCAACAUCGGCUUCAUCAUGGACAGCGUGGCCGGCGUGCGCAACCUGAAGCAGCACAGCGCGCUGAUGCGGAGCACGCUGCUGUACGUGCAGGAUCCGGUCGUGAUGCCCUUCCCCGGUCGCGUGAAGCUGUACAAGGGCGACACGCUGGUGAUCGAGGGCCAGAACCUGAACCUGGCUGCCGACGAGUCGGACAUGCGGGUGCUGAUCGGCACGCACUCGUGCAACGUCACCUCGCUGGCGCUCAGCCAGCUGGUGUGCACGCCGCCGGCGGUGCAGCCGCCGGGCACGGACGACCUGGGCCGGCCGACGCCCGAGCAGGUGCCGCUCGUGGUCGUGCGCGUCGGCGAGAACCUCCGCUUCCCGCUCGGCCUGCUGCGCUACGAGAUGAUUAAGCCGUACACGUUCCCGCCGGAGGUGGUGGGCGGCAUCGCCGUCUCGGGCGUGAUCCUGGUGCUGCUGUCGGUGGUGAUCCUGGCCGUCUACCGGCGCAAGUCGACCCAGGCCGAGCGAGAGUACAAGCGCAUCCAGAUCCAGAUGGACACGCUCGAGAGCAACGUGCGCAUGGAGUGCAAGCAAGCAUUCGCCGAGCUGCAGACGGACAUCACGGACCUCACGGCGGACCUCGAGUCGACCGGCAUCCCGAUCUUCGACCAUCGCACGUUCGUGAUGAAGGUGUUCUUCCCCGGCGUAACCGACCACCCGAUCCUGGCCGAUCCGAAGCUGCGCGUGAACGGCACGCGCACCAACUUCGACACGGCCAUGGUGCAGUUCGAGCAGCUCAUCAACAACCGCUACUUCCUGCUGACGUUCAUCGAGGUCCUCGAGUCGCAGAAGUCCUUCAGCAUCCGCGACAAGGUGAACGUGGCGUCGCUGCUGAUGGUGAUCCUGAUGUCCAAGAUGGAGUACGCGACCGAGAUCCUGCGCCUGCUCCUGCUGCGCCUCAUCGACAAGUCCAUCAGCUCCAAGUACCCGCAGCUGAUGCUGCGGCGCACCGAGUCGGUGGUGGAGAAGUUCCUCACCAACUGGAUGGCGCUCUGCCUGUACGAGCACCUGCGCAGCGACUCGGCCGCCAGCCUCUUCCUGCUGACGGCCGCCAUCAAGCACCAGGUGGAGAAAGGUCCGGUGGACGCGCUCACGCACGACGCGCGCUACUCGCUCUCCGAGGAGCGCCUGCUGCGCGAGCAGAUCCCGCACAGCACCGUGACGAUACACUUGGUUCAAGAGGAUCCUCAUUAUGAAAAGAUUCCGUACCAGAUGUACCAGACCCUUCAAAUCGCUCCUGAGGAGCUGGAGGAGAAAGUUCAGUGUCGCGUGCUGGACUGCGACACCAUCAACCAGGUCAAGUCGAAAAUCCUGGACGCACUCUACAAAAACACCCCACACACGCUGCGGCCUUCGAUUCACGAGGUCGACUUGGAGUGGCGCCACGGGCGCGGCGGCCACCUGACGCUGGCCGAUGAAGAUCUGACGAGCAAGAUGGUGGACGGGUGGCGCCGUCUCAACACACUGGCUCACUACGGCGUCAAGGACUCUGCCGUGAUGUCGCUGGUGCCCCGGCAGGCCUCCCAGGUCUCGCCCGCCACCAGGAGUCCCUACUCGAGCGUCUACUCGAUCCCGACAUCGGUGUCGCCGUCACAGAACGGCACGCUGCGCAAGGUGAACAUGUACCACCUGGUGCGGCCGGCCUGUGAGUACGCCAGCCAGCGGAGCGAGCGCUCCCACAAGGCCAUCCCCGAGAUCUUCCUCACGCGCCUGCUCUCCACCAAGGGCACCAUCCAGAAGUUCGUCGACGACCUGCUCACGACGAUCCUGGACGCGGGCGAGACGCUGCCGCCGGCCAUCAAGUGGCUGUUCGAUCUGUUCGACGAGGCGGCGCGGGUCCACGCCGUGCCCAACGGCGAGGAGGUGACCUACGCCUGGAAAUCAAACUCGCUGCCGCUGCGCUUCUGGGUCAACUUCAUCAAGAACCCCGACUUCCUGUUCGACAUCGACAAGUCGGUGACGGUCGACUCGUGCCUGACGGUGAUCGCGCAGACCUUCAUGGACGCGUGCUCAACGUCCGAGCACCGGCUCGGUAAAGACUCGCCGUCCAACAAGCUGCUGUUCGCCAAGGACCUACCGCACUACCGGUCGCAAGUUGAGCGUUUCUACCGCGACGUCAACGAGCUGCCGACGGUGACGGACCAGGAACUGAACUCGCACAUGCAGCGGCUGUCAGUGGCGCACCUCGGCCAGUUCGACGUGAUCGCCGCGCUCAAGGAGCUCUACAUAUACGUGACCAAGUACUUUGACGAUGUGAUGAAGGCGCUGGAGUCGGACGAGCACUGCCGCCGCCUCCACCUGCCGCACAAACUGGAGAACGUGCAGAGCACCAUGGAGGGGGAGGAGACCUCCAUGUGCUAGUGGCGCGCGCUGUGAGCGGCGGCGGCGGCGCCGCGCCUUCGUCCAGGGGUCGGGGUCGGGCGCGCGGACCGUUCGAGGCACGGGUGUGAUGUCGGGACGCCGGAUCGGGCGCUGGCCCGUCGCCUCGUCCCAGUCGUGCACUCUCUCGGAGGUCCGCCGCGCGGUUUCGGUUCUCGUAGUGCCUGGGUGUCGUUGGGGCGUUAGUCACUGAGCGUUAGUCACGGAGUGCUCUCGCGGCGCGCUAUUCCAAUUGCAGAAUCGCCAAAAUGAACCGUGUACAGAUUUUAUAAGCUGUGAUAUAUUUCAUUGAGGAAGGGAUGGGGCGCGUCCGUGCUGCUCUGUCGCGGUGGAAUGCGCCGGCGCUCCGCGGUUGUCUGUCUCGUGUUCUCUUGCCAACUGCAAUGCCAAAUGCGCCGAGAUCGUGGGGGCAGCGUCCAAAGCGUGUUAGUGGCCUAUUGUUUGUUGUCCAUCCAGCGAAGCUCAGUUCUUUGCGACCCGCACAAUGCUCGGGACCGCCUGACCGUCGCAGCUAGCGGGUGGCUCGCCGGCCGACCGCGCUGCCGGCGUCCCUGCUGGUGGCUUCUGUGGUAUCUGCUCAGUGUGCGGCACGGAGGCGACCCACGACAGAGUGCGCCGCCGAACCCUGGCGGCGAGCGCCGCAACUAGUCCUUAUCGCGUGCGUUCGCGCCGCGCGCCGGUGUACUUAAGUCUAGGCAUUUUAUAUUUUGUAAGCCGUGCAGGAUCGAUAUGUUAUACGCUGCAAUGUUUUCUUGUAUUGUGCAUUGAUUUUGUACAAAAUGAUAUUUAUAAAAUGUAAAUAAAGUC